AUGGUGUCGUCGCUGCCUCCCAGUGUGGCUGAAUUCGUGGAGAAUCUCAAGCUCCAGGCGCAGCGUCACAGUUUACUGGCCCCCAUCUUGGCUCUGGCGCUCGCUCGCUUCGUGUAUCACCGUCGUCGCGGCCACCUGAACCAGUUGCUUCUUCACAAUGCGCUAAGUCGCCAAUUGACCGUCGAAUUCGACCACUCCCACCACGACGACGCUGUGCACCACAGUCCAAUCGCAGCCCCGGCGGAAGAGUGGCAUGUCAUAGAUGAGGAUGGCACACAGGCACAGUCGCUAGUAUAUUACCCAAUGGACAUGUCGGAAGGAGACAACGUCCUCGUGCUCGUUAUCCCUGGCAACCCUGGCGUCCCGUUCUACUACCUUCCACUCAUGCAGGAACUCGUCAAGACACACGGACGCCGUCACGAAGUCCGCUGCUUGUCACAUGCUGGCCACUUCAUGCCCUGGAAGAACAACGGACGCGCCUUCUCUCUUCAGGAGCAGCUGGAGCACAAAGCCUUCUACCUCCAGCAUCGUCUACGCGAAGAUCCGACGCUGCAACUCGUGGUUAUCGGCCACUCGAUCGGCAGCUACUUCGCUCUGGACAUUGCACGGCGAUUCCCUCAACAGAUCGCCAAGCUGGUGCUUAUGCAGCCAACAAUUAAGCACAUGGCGUUGUCUCCUAAAGGCAAACAGAUGAUGCCGCUGUUCAACCACUACGAGCGUGGCGUCACGUUGGUUGGAGCAGUGGAAUAUCUAGUACCUUCUCUUUUAAGACGCUGGAUUGUGCGUUGUGUGGUGGGAUCUAAGACGUCCGAGACGCUGCAGCUGGCGUCGCUGUCACUAGUCAACACGACUGUCAUGCGCAAUGUAUUGGGAAUGGCUGCAGACGAGAUGAAAUAUGUAACAGAACUGGAUUACGAGUUGGUGACCCCAUUCGAGAGUAAAACUCUAUUCGUCUACUCGACGGUGGACGAGUGGGUGCCUGCAGAGUUCGUGCAGGAGUACCAGGUGCGCUUCGCGAACAGCCAGCACCGCGUCGUGCCACAAGCUCAUGCUUUUAUGAUGGAGAAGAAUGGAACGCGAGAUAUGGCUGCACACAUCUCGCAAUGGAUCGGAGAAGUUCUGGACGUCAAGCAGGUGCGCAAGGUUGACGCAACGGCAGCGUAG